CACACCUAAACUUUGAUCUUGAACUCUUGCUGGUUGUGUAUUCAGAGGAUUUACAGAAGUGUGAGGACGGUGGGUGUUGGUGUGAAGAUGUUUUUAGCCAACAAGUGAAAAAGAAAAGGGAACUAAUAUGUUCAUAUAGAGAGGAGAAACAGAGAAAAGCAUAAUUUCCUCCAGCAGAGCCAGCAUGACACCACGACUGCAGCUCUUCAUCACUUUACUGCUUCACUUUGAAGGAAUCAGUGGUGAAUACCUUCACAGAGCUGGAGAUGACUUCGUCUUAACGAAUGACAUCAAAUCUUCAUAUUACCAAUGUUCUAAUGUUAAAUGGUUUCAUCAAGGCAUCGCUCUUAAUGGAGAUACUAUAUAUAAGACGGCACCUGGAGCUGACAGGAUGAGUUUGAGCAGUAACUGCUCUCUGACCAUCAAAAACAUCACUGCUGAAGAUGCUGGUCAUUACUAUUGUAGGAAUAUUGAUGAUGUGGUCAUGAAUGAGGUUGCUUUCUUCAGCACACGUGUGUAUCUGAGUGUUUUAACAGUCUCUCCAUCUCCACCAGAUGUGGAUCCAGGAAGGGAUGGAAACAUGACAUUACACUGUUCUCUGGUGAGAGACGGUUACUAUUGGUUUCGCUGUGAUCAGAACAGCAUCAUCUGGGUGGAUGAGACAGGAAGUGUGCUGCCUGGUGAAGGGGAUCGGUUUGAGUCUGGAGGAAAGAACAACUGUGUUUCUGAUCUGAUGGUGAAACUGCAGAGAGGCUCCAAGAGAAGCUUCACCUGCCAGUUUGUUGAAUUAGGCAAAGUGAUGAUAGAUGCUGAAUACACGCUGGACUUUACAGAUUAUACCGGAUUGAUUAUUGGAUGGGUGGUCGGGGGGCUGAUGGUGGUUCUGGUCAGCAUCGUUAUGUUUCUCAUCAUUUACAGGAAGAAAAAAGGUAAAAGGAACAAUCCCAAAAAUCCAAGAGCUGAACGGGGAUGAAGAUGAUGUGGUGAACUAUGGAGACGAUGAAGACCUGCCUACUUCAGUCCGAUCCACAGAUCAAUAAAUCAGCUGUGUGUGAUGGAAACAUUAGCGUUAGCCUGGGUACAGAGCAGCAGACGGAUGUUUGGUCUCUGAAAGUUCAGCUUUGUUUAUGACAAUCCUAGUGUUUAGUCUUCAUUUUGUGAUCAUCAAAUAUACUCUGCAGCUUUUCCUCGGCGUCACUCCUGCUUCGAGGUGCCUGAUGGAUGUUUGACCCGCUAGCAUGCUAACGAUGUAUUAAAUCUCCUGAACUGGGAUCAUCUCUCACGUCUUUAUUCCUGAUAGUCUCAUGCAUAUAUUAAUCAUGUUUGUAAAAUAGCAUUUCAGUUAAAUAUUUAGCCACUAGGGGGCACAUCUUGGUUUUUCUUUAUUGACUGUGAGUGAUUGUAGAGCUGAGCGGGCAGCGGAUCACAUCCAUCCUUUUUUGGGGAAUCAGUUAAUGAAAGCAUUGUCUGUCAGUAUGGUUUUAAGAUACAUAUAUUAUAUUAUUAGGGCCCGAG